CUCAGAGGCCGGCGGCGGCGGCGACUGGUGGUCGGCUGGCGGCGGAGAGUCUGUCGCCUUGGUGCAUCCGUCAUGGCGGGCUGCGGGGGUACAACGGCGAGCACUGCCGAGCGGUCGCUCACCGACGAUGAGAUGGCGGAGGUGAAAAAGGAAGUCUUAGAACAGUUGCGUCGCUAUCUGUGUGAGAAAAUAAUUGCAGAAAGACACUUUGAUUAUCUACGUUCAAAGAAAAUACUCAGUCGAGAGGACACUGAAGAAAUCUCUUGUCGAGCCUCAAGUAGGAAAAAGGCUGGGAAGCUGCUGGAUUACUUAGCAGAACAUCCAAAAGGACUAGAUGCUUUGAUAGAAUCUAUUCGAUUAGAAAGAACACAGAACUUCCUGUUACAAAAGAUAACUGAUGCCAUCUUGAAAGCAAAAAAUGAAAAACUUGAAAGUCUUAAAGAAUUGAGCUGUAGCAAUUGCAGGCCUUCGUUACGUGAGCAAACAAACAAUCUCUCUAGGUCACAGUCAAAUGAAUCUAAUUUCUUUGAAAAACAAAAAGACCAAGAAUGUACUUACCUUCCUCAUCCAGAAAUGUUUAGUACGUCUGCUUUUGUGUCUGCUGCUUCUGUUUAUUCAAUGAAUUUACCCAUUACUGAAGUUGGAAGUGCAGAAAACUCAGUUUUUUCAGCUGCCCUGCCUGGACCUGGAGAUCCUGGAGCACCACCUCUUCCAUCCCAGUUGCAAGAUGAACAAGAGGAGAUAUGUUCCACCUCCAGUGAUAAUCACUUCCUGCCUCUGAGGUCCCGCUCACUUCUUCCACAGUGAAUUAUGGGUUCCUUGAUUAAUCUGAAAUGGUAAUAAUGCUGCACAGAAUGUCUUGUAUAUUUUUACUAAAAAGAAAUGUUUUUAAAAUGUAGGAUAACUAUAGAUUAAGAAUACUGAGAAAUAACGUGCUUUGAAAGUAGUUUAUUGAAUCUGAUAAGUAGUCUAGGAGUUUCUGAAGUAAAGCUAUAUAGUUUCUUUAACACCAUGUUGCAACUAUUUGUUAUGCUGCUUUGAUUAUUGAAGCUUAAAUGCCUUUAAAAGGGCUUCUUUUGUAUUAAAAUAGGGGAAAUGAUGCUCAGACUAUUUUAAACGAAUUUACAUUUUCAGGGUUUUCUAAAAGUGCCAUACAUACCUUACUAAAAGAACAUGGUUUCUCUUAUCUGCCAUAGCAGCAGUGUCAUCUAAUAAUUCUUAGGACUUGCUGAAAUGUAUUAAUUCCUGACAACCUCCUAAAUUUUUCCCUAAUGAUAAUAUUCAUGUGUCAUGAGGAGGGAGGUUUAGCGCAGGAUGAAACCUCUAGAUUUUGUGCCUCUCACUGUUAGUGGGUUACAUUGGAAGUAAGUUUUUACUUGUGCCUUUUAUUCCCAGUAAAAUAGCCCAUAAAGCUCAGUGGUUUCUUCAACUUGCUUAGACUGGGGCCAAUAAAAACAUGCACAUAUAAAUACAAUUCAAGUUAAAAGUAUUCACACAGUAUAAACUAGAGAGUUUUGCAAUAGCUGAGAUUUUGAUUAUGCCUACUGUAAGACUUUGAAGUCUGCAGAAUCUGGUCAAUAAGGAGGUUUCUAUACUUGAGCACAGUGUUUUAGGGCCCAUGAGAUAUAUUUAGCCUCAGUUUCUGUUGUACUCUUGUCAGACCCCAAGAGGAGAUUUCGCAAAUAGCAGUACACUGAGCAGGCUGGAAUGGUGGCCAUAAGCGGAAGUAACAUUCAUUCUUUGUUCAGUAUACAAUUUAUGGGAAAACAAAAAAUGUGUGAUAGAUUCCACAACUUGAGCUCCACAUGGACACAGCCUCUGCUCAUGGGGAGUUCCCCUAAAUCUUCCCAUUAGUUAUGCUUAGUGGAGCUCAUUAAAACGGGCUAAAGAGAAUAACCUACAAUAAGCAGGAAAUGUAAGAUAGGCUAAUGAAUUAUUAUAAGCAAAAGGAAAUGAAGGCACAAUGCCUAGAUAAAUAGGUGAGCAAACUUGCCUAGCAUUGGCUACUAACGUUUGCUAGUUUAGGUCUUCAGGUCUUUUUGUUACUGCUACACAGGCUUUGUUACCCUAGCAUUGAGAAGUAAAUCAUAGAAAGACCCAGCUGGGCAAUUUUCUUGUCUUUUUUCUGGCUCCAUGAGCUGGAGUGGUAGUCGAAUUGAAGCCAGCUCAUCAUAGUUGUAGGAGAGUCAGAUAGAAUAAGAAACAACCUAAACUUAAUUGCUGCAGUCCAAGUUAUGGUUGAAAUUUGCUUCAUACCUGCCUCUGGUCCUAAGACCAAUGAGGCAACGCAUGUAGGUGCUCCAAAGAGGCCACACAGAAAGGUAGACUGAAUGCACUCUGUUAUGACCCUUACUUUCUUUUGAGUAGAUUUUUCUUUUAAUCUCUCCCUUAACACCCUCUGGGUAGUUUGCUGCCACCAGGAAUAUUAUAUUCCAAUAUGUUUUAUUUAAGUUUUCCUUUUGGUAACGUUCCUAAGCGUCAGGCUCCUUCGUGGUUCUAUGUGGCCCUGAGGAUAGGAAUGGGAUAAAGCAAUGACAGCUACUCUGGGAUAUAACAAAACAAAAACAAACUUUUAUUUAGUCAAGAAGUGUAUCGGUUUCAUAAAAGUAGUUCUCGGUUCUUAAAGUUCCUUCAUUUAAACUCAUUCAUACAGAUCUCUUCUAAGGCUUCACACACAGUUAGCCUCUUUCUCUAACUCAAUAUUUCUCUCACGGAAAUGCUUAAAACUUCUCAGGCAGCACACAGCUAGCCUCUCUUUCUCUGACUGUCAUUCACAGAAAUAUUAAACCUGCUCAGGCAGCACAUAGCUGGCCUCUCUUUCCCUGACUGAGUGUUCUUUCACAAACAUGCUCAGUUCAGGUUCCACACAGGUUAUAUUUCUCUCAUAAAUAUUUCAGUAUACUCAGGCAGCACACAGCUAGCCUGCUUUCUUCUGACUGAAACUUUUCUCUCUGCCCUGUCAGUCUCAAACAGCAUUCACUCUGCCCACACUCUCAGUCAUCAACCAAUCAUAUUGCUCACUCAUCCCUCUCUUUCACCCCUACUCUUCACCUAUCUCACACCAAGCAUUUAAAGAUACAUGCACACAUUUACUUGAAAUCAUUACACACUCAAUAAAAGAAUUGAUAACUUGAAACCAAAUUAGAGCUUCAUAUAGUAGCUGAGCAAUAGCUUUUGUUUUAAAUACUUUUAAAGCAGAGAGAAUGUGAUGCCCACCAAGAGAGAAAAAGAACCUCUGACUAGCUGCACUGUUUGUCCCAAAACUAGCCAAGACUCACUUGUAGUGUGAGAUCUAGGAAAAAGAUGAUUGGAAAUAGAAACCCAGGUAAUUGAAGAAGCAAACAUGUUCAAAUAGAUGAUUAUCAGGCAAUCAUGUUAUGAGGCAUACUGUUCUGGCCUUAGGAAAAAAACAUUGUCUUUGAUUUUUGAUAAUUAAUAUUUAAGGAUUUAGAUUUGCAAUAAGUAUGGUACAUUUGAGCUUCUGAGAGUGAUAGCAAGAUGGCAUCACCUGCAUAUAAGAGAAUAGAAAUUAGGUGACCAGCCAGCUUGAGGGCAUGAAAAUCAGUAAGUGCAAAUUUCUCAGAGGGGUUAUAUUAAAAAAGGUUGAAAAGAUGGGUAACACAAUCACAGCCCUGACAUAUACCCCUUUGGUGACUGUGACUUAAUUGGUAAAUGAGGCAUGGGUAUUAUAACAUAUUUUCAACGAGGAAGACUUAUAUAAUUGCUUGAUUAGACAUAAUAGCUUUUUGGACUUGUGCCAUAUCAAUAUACAAAACUUAAGUUCAGCCUGGAAAGAAUAUUUUGCUGUGCUGCAAAAAAAAGGGCAGGAGAUUGACAUUUGCUUGAUUAGUAAUAGAUGGAAGUAAAGAAAAAGAAACCAUUGACAAAGCAAAAGGUGUUAUUUGGUUUGCAGCAAUGUUGCUGUCUGUAGUUAUGAUAUCUGAGCAGAUCUGUAGUUUAUUAUUUUUAGCAUUAACUGCUCUCUGUUGAAAUAUUACGUGUUCUUCUGUGCUUUGUUCUCAAUAAACUUCAAGAGGCAUUCAAGGUGCACUUCACAAGACCUGUUAAAGUACUCAAAUAACAACAAAUUUUCCAGGCACUUAACCGUAACACUUUCAUAGAACUGUAAUUAUGUUACAGAUGCUUCUUCACAAUGCUAAAUAUAUUCCUAAAGUAAAAAGUUUUGCUGUUUCUUCAAGAUGGGACAAUGCUGUUUUACAGUCAAUGGAUUGGAUCCAGUGAAUCCCUUCUGCUAUAUCUUCCUCCAGAGAAAAGUUUAGUGGAAAGGAGUCUUUACAUCAGAAUAUGGCAGCAGGAAAUCAUUGGAUCAUAACCUACACCAUGCAAUCACAAGGAGUAAAAGAUCUCCGUCAAUCAUCUGGAGGAGUUCCCUAUGGCCAGAUUACAGGAAAAGGAGGGCAUUGGGGAGGUACCUUCUCUUGUAGAGUACUACCGUAAAACAGCUUACAGGAUUUCUUUGCUUUAUGAAUAGUUCUAAUUAUCUUUCCAGUAUAGGGAGAAUGUGAGACAGCUUACAUAUAAAAGUGCAUGACAAUGAAAAAAUGUCAUAUUGUUUUAGAGGUCAUUUUUAUACAGUGUAAACAAAAUACUCAUGUUUCAGGUACUGUCAAAAUAGCAGUGAAAUAUUUCAGCAAUUCCUUUUCAGAUAUUCGCUUGCAGUGGCUGUACAUCUGUUAUCUGGAUCUCAGGGAGAUAGUCCUUUUUAUUGCUCAAGAUGACAGCCUACCAAAAGAAAUCUGGCUUCUUGUGGGACUUCUGUCAUUAUAAAUGAUUAUAAAUGUAGCUUUGCAUUAUAUUGUUUCGAUGAGACCAUGUACUAAAAAAAAUAUCAAGUUUAACUACACUAAUAGCCUGGUCCUAUGCAUAUUUAUGCAAAAGUAAGUCUUGUUGAUUUCAGUGCAACUUUCUUACAGGUUUUAAGUAGGAUUUAAAUCUAACAAAAUACCUUAUGAGUGCAACUAUUCAGUUGUAUAUAAUGUACUAAUCACUGUUUUCAGAAUUCCUGAGUUCUUUCAUAAGUUUGAACUGUUCUGUAUUUCUCCUAAAGGUGUGACCAUUUCCAUUAUGAACUUCCCUACCUCAUAGCUGAUCUCAACUCAGACUUCUACAGUGGCAUUUAACAAAGCAUCCUUUAUCUGAAGAUUUGCUUGUAUAAUUAAUAUAUUCACACAAGAGUAAACUAGCGAUUCCCAUUGCUGACUUAAGUAUACUCUAGUGAAUAUUAAACAUUACUAUGAUUCCUUAGCUUUUUUCUGAAGUUUGAUAGGUGGUAUAAUCGAUACUGUGCAAUCAUACCGUUACUAUGUUGUAUUCAACAUAGGUCUUUGAAAUGGUUGUGUUUUUUAAAUGUUUAAAACCUGCAGCCUUUAAAACAAGAACUUUUAUUUAAAAAACACAAGUGAAUUGUAAAAAAAUAAACAUUUGUUUUGGUAACUUUGUGCUAUCUGGUCACUCUUCCGAAAUACUUCCCAUACAUAUUGAUUUUAGUAUUGUUGUUUUCUUGUUUUUAUUGAUUUCAAACUGAUCACCGCCCAGAGCCCCUGAGGAUGGGUGGUAUAUAAAUUGAAAUAUAAAUAUAAAUAAAAUAAAUAAAAUACAUCCGGUGUUCUGUAACCUGCAGUACAUAAGAGAA